AAAAAUUCCCCACGCACUCCGCGGAGGGCGGAGCUGCUUGUCCGUUGCCGUAUUGCUGCUCCUCCAAGAGGACCAAGACGCAGAGAAAGUCUGGGGUCUUGCUGGCCGACGAGAGAGACCGAGCAACUGAGCAGACUCACUUUCCAAUCCCUGUAGCAGAGCAGAGAGGGAACGAGCGCAUAGCCCAGCGACCUCGUGAGCUGAUCGGCCAUGGCUCCGGAGGCGGCGAGGGAGGCACGGCGGCCGCACGCGGUGUGCAUGCCGUACCCGGCGCAGGGCCACGUCACGCCGAUGCUCAAGCUCGCCAAGCUCCUCCACGCGCGGGGCUUCCAGGUCACCUUCGUCAACACCGAGUUCAACCACCGCCGCCUCCUCCACUCGCGCGGCGCCGCCUCGCUCGCCAGCGUCCACGGGUUCCGCUUCGACGCCAUCCCCGACGGGCUCCCGCCGUCCGACGCCGACGCCACGCAGGACAUCCCCGCGCUCUGCUACUCCACCAUGACCACCUGCCUCCCGCACCUCCGCUCCCUCCUCGCCAGGCUCAACGCCGCCACCGAGACGUCCUCCUCCCCACCGGUGACCUGCCUCGUCGUCGACGCCGUCAUGUCCUUCGGCUUCGACGCCGCCAGGGAGAUCGGCGUGCCCGUCGCCGCGCUCUGGACCGCCAGCGCCUGCGGCUUCAUGGGCUACCGCAACUACCGUGGCCUCAUCGACCGUGGCCUCGUGCCGUUCAGGGACGAGGCCGACCUCGCGGACGUCGCCGGCGGGCGCCUCGCCACCGUGGUGGCCGGCGCCCGCGGCAUGUGCGACGGCGUGCAGCUGCGCGACUUCCCCAACUUCAUCCGCACCACGGACCGCGCGGACAUCAUGCUCAACUUCCUCCUCCGCGAGGCCGAGCGGCUGUCGCUGCCCGACGCCGUCAUCGUCAACACCUUCGAGGACCUCGAGGGCGACACGCUCGACGCCAUGCGCGCCGUCCUCCCGCCCGUGUACCCCGUCGGCCCGCUCAUGCUCCGCGAGCGCCUGGAGGUCCCCGCCGGCAGCCCGCUCGCCGGGCUCGGAUCCAACCUCUGGAAGGAGGAGGACGGCCUCCUCGACUGGCUCGCCGGCCGCGCGCCGCGCUCCGUCGUGUACGUGAACUACGGCAGCAUCGCCGUCAUGACCAACUCGCAGCUGCUGGAGUUCGCGUGGGGGCUGGCCAGCACCGGCUACCCGUUCGUGUGGAACAUCCGGCCGGACCUCGUGAAGGGCGACUCCGCCGUGCUGCCGCCGGAGUUCGCGGCCGCCGUCGAGGGCCGCGCGCUGCUGACGACGUGGUGCCCGCAGGAGGCGGUGCUGCAGCACGAGGCGGUGGGGGUGUUCCUGACGCACUCCGGGUGGAACUCCACGCUGGAGAGCCUCUGCGCCGGUGUGCCAAUGCUCAGCUGGCCGUUUUUCGCGGAGCAGCAGACCAACUGCCGGUACAAGCGCACCGAGUGGGGCGUCGGGAUGGAGAUCGGCGGCGAGGUGCGGCGGGACGAGGUGGCGGCGAUCAUAAAGGAGGCCAUGGACGGGGAGAAAGGGCGGGAGAUGCGCCGCCGCGCGGAGGAGUGGAGGGAGAAGGCCGUGAAGGUGACGCUGCCGGGUGGGCCGGCGGAGACCAACCUCGACAAGGUCGUCGACGAGGUGCUGCUGUCCAAGAUGAAGGGACAAACUGUCGUGGACGCGUGAUUGUCAGCAGAUAUUGGUUGGGUCAUCGACAGGGUCGGAGCAUGGGCAUGUCGAUUAUGCGUUUGUCUACAAUUUGCUAUUGACUCUCAAAUAAAUGAGAAAUCCCGAUAUUCGCCUCAUUA